AUGAAAUUCUAAUUUAAAACUUAAAAUUCAUUCAAAUAAAGAUAGGAACAAUCCUUUCGUCUAAUUGAAAGGUAUGAAAAAAUGAUACCUAUAAUUCUUGAAAUAUAUAUACAGGAUGCUGAAAAAAAAUAAAUACCUAAAGCAGAUUUGUAAAUUAAAAAAAUUUUAGUACAUGAACAAAUAUCAGUCUAAUAAAUAUUCGAUAAAUUUAAUCAACGAUUCUCACAAUAUAUUGGAAAAAAAGAAUCACUUUUUUUGUUUUAUGGUGGAAAUAAAUUAAUUACAAAUUCAUUUUCAUAAACGAUAUAAAAACUUUAUUAAUAAGAGAAGGAUAUUGAUGAUUGGCUCUACUUGGAAUUGAGAAUAUAAGAAACUUCAGGCUGA